ACUGCUGUUACUCAAGAUCUAACUUUCUUUGCUGAAUCGAUCAGUCAAAGAAGAUUUUCCGGCAAACAAUUAUGAUCUAACGACGCAUUGUUCCUUGCCUGUCUAGGUUCAUUGCCAUCGAAUUUUUUUCUGAUCGAUCCAUAUCAACUGGAGAAUUACAACCCCUGCAAAAGUCCUGGAACACUAAAGGCUGUUUCAAAAGCAAAUUUAGCCACCCCUUUUCCAAUUCAAGCAAUGUUUGUUUUAAUAAAUAAAGCAUACACGAAAUUGGGAAGUUCUUUCUUUCGUAUGGCUUGUAUGACAUUUUCCUAGACUAUCAGUAAUGUUUUGAGGGGAGGGAUGAAGUAGUGAUAUAUAGGAAAACAAAUGCAUAAUAUGAAUACACAGUUUCGCUUGCCCAGUGGUCCAAGUGACUUUAGCAGACAUCGUAGUUUUUUGCACAGGUGCCAUUCAUCGCCCCUAACAUUGUCAACAUACCUAUAUUGUACCCAUUGUACCUUGUUUACCUAUUGUGAGACCGAAAAUGCGCUCCUUAUUUGGUUCGCAAAAGGUAAGUACCCUCCACAUAUCAUCGCUUCUACAGCUAGAUUACAGUUAAAAUCUCUGUUCGAUAAUUAAUGUCGAUUUGGUUUUCUUGCCCCACGUUGUCUUGGUCUUCGUACAAAGGGCACAUUGAGAUUUCCCCAGCUUCACUGUCUUCAACUUUGCCAGACAUCUUGAAGAAUGUAUUCAUUUUGUCCUAAAACACGAAUGUUUAAAACUUUUCAAGUCAUCGUUGUCUUAUGCCUGCCCAAUUUUUAAACAAAUCAAUUGAAUGCUCCUAAAAAUUGCAUGAUAUGGUAUGUUUCCGCCCUUCCAUGCUAUUUCCAAAUUCUUUGCUCCUUAUGUCGUUUUUCGCAAUGUUACCAUGGGUUACUAGUUAUCAUGGUUAUUUAGGUUUUCAAGAUUAAAAUGUUAAAAAUAUUGAAGAUACCAAUAAGCUCGAUAAAACACAUUAUUAAAUUCAUUUGCAGGUUAACCCAAAAAUUUUAAACUAGCAAAUUCUGUUUGGGAAAUUACUUUUUCUCUUCGCUGUUAUCUGGAUUUUCUUCCUGUUUGCUUUCACCUUUGCUACGACGAAGCUUCUGGUCUCUAGUUCGCUUAUUCUGAAACCACACCUGAAUUCUGUCUACUGGAAGGUCUAGCCGAGCGGCAAUCUUUCUUUUAACAUUCGUAUCCGGAUACUUGUUAUGACUGUAGGCUGCCUCGAGCAAAUUGACUUGCUCAUUUGUAAAUAUUGUUCGAAGUCUUUUUCUUGUCCUUGGUUGAAAAGCUUCAUGACCUGUAACAAAUUGAAAAGCAUUAAUUUCACGAAAGUGUUAAGUCAUCGCAGUCAAGAGAGUUAUAGAUCAAUUAAAAAAUUCAUAGCAUUUAACUGUGAGUGAAGGCAUCGUAAUUUUUAGAAACGCAUGCUCGGCAAAACGAUGCAAAUAGGUAUGUCCGUUUGUUCCCAACACUGGAUUUCAGUUUCUUAAUACAUCUGAUACCUUGAAAAUGAACUGUGGAUCCAAAAGCUAAAACCACAUCAUAUCAUAACUACAAUUUAAAUUUGGGCGAAGACUUUAAUUUUGUCAUUAUCUAAUUUUAUCUGAUUUUUCAAGAAUAAACAAUUAACUAGGUAGAUGACAUCAUCUGAGCUAUUAGUUACCAGAGAUCCCAAAAAGGUUGUUCUGUGAAUUUUUUGCAAAAUACUGAUCGCUCUUCAGAUCUGAAGGAAUGCCUCUUGCUUUAAAGCUGCAACUAUUGUUUAAAUUGAUUCCUGCGGGCAUCAUUCCUUUUGGAUCAGUCGCAUUAUAGAAGUUGAAAUUUGAUAUAGAUAUCAGGCAUUGCCCUGGACUAUCUCCUUCAACGGAUCGUCCCCCAGAUGAAAUUCCACGCGGAUUCACAUUAAUGCCUCGACCGGAGAAGUCAGCAGUUCCUGUUUCUAAUACUUGGACGAAUCCAUCAGUCCAAUCUUGGUUCUGCAUUUUGCUUGCUUUUAUUCUUCUGGUAUGAUUGCCCGAUUAACGCAAAGGAAAUUGCCGUUGUAUAUUGAUAAGGUUCGUGUGGCUCAUUCGAAACUCGAUCGGUUUCAACUGUAUCCAUUCUCGUGGAAGAUUUCGAUCUGACGCGAUGCGUUCUAACGGUUUUUUCUAUCGAAUUCGCUCCCCCCUCUCUCGCGUUUCGAAAUGGAUUGCAAUCGCUAACUGUAUUACGGUGAUAAACGUAUAAUUUUUAUUUUCCCUUUAUCGAUGUCAACUUUAUGGUUGAAAAGUAAGAAAUAUUGUAAAUAAUAUAAUCACUUUAAUUAUCCCCGUGUUUUUUAAAAGUUUGUAACCUUGUGAAAACCUGACGAAUUCAUUUAAGACGACUAUCAGACAAUUUCAGGUGAAAAUACCUCAUUUAUUAAAAUGAACAAGUGAUAGGAAUAAGUAUUUAAUUCGUACGUCAUAUGAAUUGGAUGUAACGUCAUAGAAGCGUCCAAUUUAAAUUAGAGAAAUCUUAUUCUUGCAUAUCAGUUCAAUGAUUUGACUUUAGCGUCAGGACACGAAUUAAAUUGCUUUGAGCGAAUAAACGAGAUGGAGAAUUCAGAAAUAACAGAUAAAAUAUCUAGUGCGAAGGAAACAGCAACGGAAAACCAGAUAGAAGUCAGCCAGAGCUUAGGCAUAUUUGGUUGUUCCAGUGCAAGCAAGCAAUCGUUAGAACCAAAUCUGCAUGCACACACCGUUGUCAGCAGUGCUCUCUCCAAGUCUACUCAGAGCUCAACCGGAUCACAACUUCCAGGACUAGCUAUGCAACAGGAUGCAACUUGGAUGAACAACCAGCAAUCAGGAAGAGGUGUCCAAAUACCAUUGCAAGGACACCAUUUUUUCCAACCGCAUCUUUGCUACGGAUAUAUGCCACCCUACCAUAACUUUAUGAACGGUGCAUGUGGCGACUACAUUACUUUUGAUCCCUCACUGUACCUAAGGAGACAAAAACCACGGACAGUCUUCUCUUCAGAUCAGCUGACGAUUCUUGAAGCAACAUUUGAAGGAAAUAAUUAUCCGAGUGCUUCAACGCGAAAGGAAGUAGCAAAGAAAGUAAACCUUCCUGUUGAUCGUGUUCGUGUCUGGUUUCAAAACAGGAGAGCCAAAGAAAAAAGGUUAAAAGAAGAUCGUUUGGCCCUCAGUGUCCUCAACAACAGGGGUACUGCAAGUCAGCCUUCAUCAUCAAGAACUGUACCUGACUUUCCCGUCGCAAGAUCGCAUGAAGUACACAAGAACCAACCUGGAGCCAUCGGUCUUCAGUCCUCCUCAGAAACAGAAGAGGCUUUAGUCAGAUGCCUUCUGAAGGAAGCUAAAGCUCGCGAAGAAGCUCGGAAAAGCAAUACCAAUACCAAAGAAGCCUUUUCAGUCAACUUUAGCAGUACAGAACUGUCGACUGUCAACAACAGGGUCCUAUUUUCACAGGCAAGUUUCCAAGGGAAAAUCGAAGAAUGUCACAUAAAUAAAUUGAAUGGAGAACCUUUGUAUUUAACACAGAACUGUGAUAAAAUCAAAAUACAUUUGUCAAAAGAUUGCAAUGAAGAAAAUAUGUCGAUGGACAAUUAACGGCGUAGUCAGAUCAGUAAUUGUAAAUUUUUCUUCAUUUUCUUUUUUGAAAUACUUGGUAAAACAGAUUUAUUAACACAGCUUGUGUUUUUUGUUUUUUUCUGCAGGUUUUUGAAAAUCUUGAAGAUUCUUUGAGUAUCUGCUCGGUGGGCUAUGAAUAUCUCAAUCAAAUUUCAACGUUCGUCCCUCUUAAAAGAAAGGAAUACAUAUCUUAUAUGGUUAUUUGGUGUCUCUGGUCACCUCUGCACCAAACGAUAAAUGGUUUGAUAUUACAUAAGAUAGCAGGACUUCAAUUACUAUUUGAGUAGGGCGUGCUUCAGGAUACCUGACAGCUUUGAUGAAGGCCUUUAAACUGAUUGGGAGAGCCAUAAGGGUUCAUGCGGUUGGUUUGGAUCCAAAAGGCUUUAAUAGCCUGAAAUACUUUCAAUGGCAACGGCCAUUCCCUCAUCAAUUCUUAUCAAGGCAAGGUGAUAUGAUAACUAUUGUUUUUGCAAAAUUUUCGAUUGGGUAUUUAAAUUCAGGAGAUUCCUGAUAGUUUCAUUACAUAAUCUCUGCAUAUAGAUAAUGCUUUUAUUGUAGGAUAUAUUUUCGUUUGAUUUGAACUUUUUAGACUUUAUGAUUACCACAACAAAAUGUUAAUUUAAUUGCAUUGUCUAAGUACUUGUAUCACGCAACUGUGAGGUCUUGAAUGAAAAUUGUCUUUAGAACUUUUUCGUAACUCAGUUUAAACAAAGUUCACGAAACUUGCAUGAUGACAUCAACUUCAUGUUAUUAAAAAGACUAGUCAUCAAGUCUUGUAGGGUUGGUAAAAGGUAAAUUACUUAUGUUUAGAUUUCGCAUACACGACUGUGCGCUCAGACACUUGUAGCUUGGUCGAGAUUUUAUGAGGCAUACUUUUAGAGAAAAGUGUCAUGUUUUUCUUUCUGUGUUCCCUAUAUUGGUUCACGUUUUACUCUGAAAUGUUAAAUGCCGUCACACAGCUUUUCUUGUUAAUGGUGUUAAAUGUAUUUUUAUGGGAUAUCUUUACAUCAUCGAUAUACAAGGCAUGUGGUUUAUCGGUGGAAGCAAAUGGUUUGGAGAAAGGAAUGAGUCAGAAGUUGUUCCUUUUGAUAGUUUAUCAUUCUUCCUAAAGAAUAUUUGUUACCUGGAUGCAGCUCUUGCCAGCUUGGAGGAGCAAUUGCCUGUGAACUCCCAAGAGUCACCUCUCCCGCUUAUAUUUUUAAUUGUUUGUUUCCUCUUUGGACUACCUGUGGUUCAAUCAAAUUGAA